AUGGCUGACAAGCUCACCCGUAUCGCGCUCGUCUCGGACGACAAGCCCAAGAAAUGUCGCCAGGAGUGCAAGCGCUCGUGCCCCGUCGUCCGUAUGGGACGGUUGUGUAUCGAGGUGACUCCGUCGGACAAGAAGGCGUUCAUCUCCGAGGAGCUCUGUAUCGGUUGCGGUAUCUGUGUCAAGAAGUGCCCCUUUGAGGCCAUCCAGAUUCUCAACCUGCCGACCAACCUCGAGACGCACGUCACGCACCGCUACGCCGCCAACGCGUUCAAGCUCCACCGUCUGCCCCAGCCGCGUCCCGGUCAAGUUCUCGGUCUCGUCGGCACGAACGGUAUCGGCAAGUCGACCGCGCUCAAGGUGCUCUCGGGCAAGCUCAAGCCGAACCUGGGCAAGUUUGACAACCCGCCCGAGUGGACCGACAUUAUCAAGUACUUCCGUGGUUCCGAGCUGCAAAACUUCUUCACCAAGGUGCUCGAGGACGACAUCAAGGCGGUGACCAAGCCGCAGUACGUCGACCAGAUCCCGCGCUCGAUCAAGAUCCCCAACAUGACUGUCGGCAAGAUGUUUGACCGCCAGACCGAGCUCGACAACCGCAAGCAGCUCGAGGAGGACCUCGAGCUCGCCAAGCUGCAGGACCGCGAGGUCGGCCAGCUGUCUGGAGGAGAGCUGCAGCGUUUCGCCAUUGCCAUUGCGUCCGUCCGCAAGGCCGACAUUUACAUGUACGACGAGCCCUCGUCGUACCUGGACAUCAGGCAGCGUCUUGCCGCUGCGCGCGUGAUCCGUGGCCUCGUCCAGCCGACCAACUACAUUGUCGUUGUCGAGCACGACCUGUCGACGCUUGACUACCUGUCCGACUUUGUGUGCGUCUUCUACGGUGUGCCCGGUAUGUACGGUGUCGUGACGAUGCCGUACUCGGUGCGUGAGGGUAUCAACAUUUUCCUCGACGGUGUCAUCCCGACGGAGAACCUGCGUUUCCGUGAGGAGUCGCUCACGUUCCGCAUCGGCGAGAGCGCCGACGAAGUCGCCGCCCCCAAGACGCAGUCGAUCGCCUACCCCGCCAUGACCAAGACGCUGGGCAACUUCAAGCUGCAGGUCGAGUCUGGCGAGUUCUCCGACUCGGAGAUCAUCGUCCUCCUCGGCGAGAACGGCAUGGGCAAGACGACCCUCGUCCAGCUCCUCGGCGGCAAGCUCAAGCCCGACAACGAGGCCGACCAGGUCUCGCUCCGCGUCUCCAUGAAGCCCCAGACCAUCUCGCCCAAGUUCCCCGGCACCGUCCGCAUGCUCCUCCUCAAGCGCAUCAAGGCCAUGUUCAUGAACCCCCAGUUCAACAACGACGUCAUCAAGCCCAUGAACCUCGAGCCCCUCAUGGACCAGGACGUCCAGACCCUCUCCGGAGGAGAGCUCCAGCGUGUCGCCAUCUGUCUCGUCCUCGGUGUCCCCGCCGACGUGCUGCUCAUCGACGAGCCCUCCGCCUACCUCGACUCCGAGCAGCGUAUCCACGCCUCCCGCGUCAUCAAGAAGUUUAUCAUGUCCACCAAGCGCACCGCCUUCAUCGUCGAGCACGACUUUAUCAUGGCCACCUACCUCGCCGACCGUGUCAUCGUCUUCGAGGGUACCCCUGCCGUCUCCGCCAAGGCCAACAAGCCCGAGGGACUGCUGUCAGGGUUCAAUAAGUUCCUGAAAAGUCUCCAAGUGACCUUCGUGCCACCGAAUGUGGCGGUGGAGGUGGAGGCCUGGUGGAGGUCGAGUGUGGCGGCGGAACCAAAAUUUCAGUCACCUCCACCUACAACCCUUUCUUACACAUCACUAACAUCCCAGCGUCGCGACCCGGGCAACUACCGUCCUCGCAUCAACAAGCUGGGCUCGCUGAAAGACACAGAGCAAAAGCAAAAUGGAACGUUCUUUUUUGCAGACACUGAUUAG